AUCAUCAACUUGCAAAGUAUUCUCAAUUUACAUCAAAUUACCUGCUCAAAUCUUUCAUUUCAAGUAAGCUAGCUAGAUACUUUCCAACUGCAGAACAAUGGCAUCUCACGAUCAGUACUACAAAGCUGGUGAGGCCACAGGCCGAGCUGAGGAGAGGGGAAACAGAGUCGGUGAGACGAUGGGCGACAAGGCGCGUCAUGCGAAAGACAAGACCUACGACACUGCGCAGCAUGCGAAAGACAAGACGGCCGAGAAGGCUCACGAGGCCAAAGACAGAACCGCAGAAACAGCGCACGAAGGCAAAGAGAAGACAAAGGGAGUGUUGCAGGAAACUGGGGACAAAAUGAAACAUAUGGCCCAAAAAACUGGUGAAACUGUGAAGAGCGCGUUCGGUAUGGCUCAUCAUGAUGAGGAUGAUAAGGAGAAGGUCACUGGUCAUGAGCAUCACACUACAACUUAUAAGGAGACCAAGUUUUAAUUAUGUAAUGGAGCUAAAUUUGUUUGCUAUGUUUUAGUUCCUUGUUAAUGCGUUUUUCUUGUUUAUUUUGAGACCUGUUGCCAUUUAUGUGUUGGCUUUUGUAAAAAAUAAAGGGUCUCUGUAGGCAGAUUGUUAUGAAUUGCUGCCAUUAUGAUAAGUGCUUUGUUAUUGUGUUUUA